GGGGAACGGGUGGGCGCUGGGGCGCCGGUCUACAUGGCGGCCGUGCUGGAGUCCCUGACGGCCGAGAUCCUGGAGCUGGCGGGCAACGCGGCCCGUGACAACAAGAAGACGCGCAUCAUCCCCCGCCACCUGCAGCUGGCCAUCCGCAACGACGAGGAGCUCAACAAGCUGCUGGGCAAGGUGACCAUCGCGCAGGGCGGGGUGCUGCCCAACAUCCAGGCCGUGCUGCUGCCCAAGAAAACUGAGAGCCAUAAGGCUAAGAGCAAAUAAGCUCAGCGAGUGAAGCUGCUCAGACUUCACAAGCUAAUGUAACCCAAAGGCUCUUUUCAGAGC